AUGAAUUCCCUAUUUAAUUCUGCACUUAAGCAGUCUUCUGCUAUUCGGCGCGACCUGGACACAUUUUCGCAGUCGCCGACGACAUCCUCCGCAGCAUUGCAGGGCCAAAUCGCCGCUUCCCUAGCAUCUCUGUCCCGAACCAUCGAUGACUACGCGGCUUUGGCUAAGAAAGAGCUGAUCCCCGAGAAACAAGAGAAGGCGUAUGAACGAACCAAGAAGUUCCGAUCGGAGCUUGCUGAUUACCGGCAACAUUUUGAUCAGCUACGGAAAGAGAGAGAGGAUGCGCAAUCUAUGACGAACCGUAAUGAGCUUCUCGGUCGACGGCCACACCACACGGCCACCCCCGAGAACCCUUAUACUCAAUCGUCACUACCUACCUCCUCAACAUUCGCCAAUCCCUCUUCACCUCGAUCGGGUCUCAGUUUUGGUGCUUCUCCGGCAGACUACAACCGGGAAACACAUGCACUGCGCGAGCAGUCGUUCUUAGGCACCACUAACAAACAGCUCGAUGAUUUUAUCGACCGGGGACGGGCGGUACUUGCGGACCUUGGACAGCAGCGAGAGGUCCUUAAAGGCACGCAACGCCGGUUAUACAGCGUAGCCAACACAUUAGGGGUCAGUGGGGAGACAAUUCGCAAGGUUGAGCGAAGGGCGAAGCAGGAUAAGUGGAUUUUCUGGGGGGGAGUGGUGAUUUUCUUCCUCUUUUGCUGGGCAGUGUUGCACUUUUUACGGUAA